CAGUCAAAAAAACAAACACCGAGCAGCGGAGACAUCUGGCAACAAAUUAUCAGAGCAUUUCCAAAACUGAUUAUUUCAAGUGUCACCAGAAUGUCAUGCUUUUUUUUUUUUUGAUCGUUUGAAAUGAGUAGUCCAGGCCACUUUCACUGACAGAAGUGCGUUUCCAGCGUAAGUGGUCCCCCCCCCCCCCCCCAACCUGCCAGUCCCGCUGCCUCCUUAAAGGCUUUCGGCAUGCUGCGAGAGAGCUCCAAGGCGUGGAGCAACGGCUCUGAGGCCUACAGCAGCGACCCGGAGGAAGAUGAGGACGAGGAGGAGGAAGAGGAGAUGGUGUUUGGAGAGACCGACCAGGAAAGCAUGGCGGAGGAAAUGAUGGAUCUGAGUGACCUCCCGACUGCGCUGUUUGCGUGCAGCGUCCACAAAGCCGUGUUUGAGGAGGACGUUCAUAAGGAGAGGUUCGAGGCGUUGUUUAGGAUCUACGAUGAGCAGACAACUUUCCAAAUGUUCAAAAGCUUCCGAAGAGUCCGGAUCAACUUCGGCACCCCGGAGGCUGCCGCCCGCGCUCGCAUCGAGCUGCACGAGUCCGAGUUCAACGGCACCAAGCUCAAACUCUACUUCGCCCAGAUCCAGAACGGGGACGAGGACAUCGACAAGGCGUACCUGGCCCCGCCUCAGCCUGUCAAACAGUUCCUGAUCUCACCGCCUGCAUCACCACCUGUGGGCUGGAGCCAGCGCGAGGACGCUACGCCCGUCAUCAACUACGACCUCCUGUGUGCAGUAGCCAAGCUAGGACCUGGUGAAAAGUACGAGCUCCACGCGGGCACAGAGUCCACCCCCAGCGUGGUCGUCCACGUGUGCGAGAGCGAGACGGAGGAGGACGAGGCGGCGCGGCCAAAGCAGCAGAUCGUCCAGACCAGACGUCCAGACGGACCCCCGAAAGUCUUAAACUAGAGAGGCCUCCCCCACGACAUCGGCGCGGCCCCCAGUCCGCCCCUUAUUAAAACCCUGCGACACACCUGCCCUCUCUCUCUUGUCUCUGCACUCACAGAGAGCGUUGACGCCCCUCAUUUCAGUUCAACUACAAAAGCAAAAACAAAAAAACCAACAAACAUUGCUCAAAGACGGUGUUUGUGGGGAACGUGGCGAUGGAAUGAGGCGGCUUGAAAGGGGAUGGAUGAGAAUCACACACACACUCAUCACAUUCUGCGGACAGCGUGGGGGAGCGGCAGCCAAUGUUUGCCUCCAACCCCCCCACCAACCCCCCUUUUUCAGCAAAGAGGGGCCGGGGAAAAAACCUGUCCCAACGCAGGCACCUGUCACUUUCUCACACACACUCAGCUCUCAUUGCUCGUCAGAAGUUCACUCGUUAGUUAGCUUGUUAGCUUGAACCUCUCCUUUUGUCUCACUGUUGUUUAUCCUCUUCAGUUUGAGGUACAUGCCAGACCUCUACACAGAGACAUUUUAUUCUUUCUUUUUUUUUUUUUACGUUUUCAGACGACUUUUACAAAUAUUUCUGUAUUUGGUUUUUUUUUUCAUUCAUUUUCAUAUCUGCCGGUCUGUCGCUUCAGCUCGCAUCAAGAUUGAGUGUGUGAUGUUUCCGCUCCUGUCUGCAUGUAUAUACUGUAUAACUAAAAACACAUACAGAAACACAAAUACUAACAAGAUAUAUCCAGAAAAAAAAGGAACUUAUUUAACAUGACACACAGCACGAAGCGCCAUAUGUGACUAACAAAAGUUGUGGUGGUUUUUUUCUGACUUUUAUUUUUUAUUUUUCUUGGCUUGUUUUUUGAUUUUGUCUUUUCAUUUGGAGAGGUGUCGUUUUUUCGCUGAACUACUUCGAUGUGUAUUCUUACAAUGUAUUUGUUACCCAGAUACUUUUGCAUGCCUAGUUACUUCUGUAGAUGAGGAGCUGAGGUGUAUUUUUUAAUCGUUGUUUGUGUCGACGAGGAGGUGGUGUGACAAAUUUU